AUGCCUGUCGCCGAACCUAGCCGCACGGAUACCUUCGUUCCACCUCCCGACGCCCGGGUCAUCCAAGGAAAGGGGGAGUUUGUAGCCGCCGGCGUGACUUCACUCGUGGAGCGCUUGCCGAAUGGCGAUAUCAUCAAGACGCCAUGGGACGACGCUGAAAGGGGGGAUUGCGUACAGGACAUCAUCACCGAGGCCAAAAUCUACCAGAUGCUAGGCGAACAUCCGCGCUUGGUAAAAUUCAUAGACUGGGAUCCGGUGCAGCACUCGAUCGUCUUGGAGUUUAUGCCGCACGGAACACUGCAGCAAUACGUUGAGCAUCAUUUCGGGGAUAUUUCGCGGCAAGAGCAGUUUCGGUGGGUACGACAGGCAGCAGAAGGCCUACAUCUCCUCCACGAAUCCGGUAUCCUUCACUGCGAUGUUGGUCCGCAUAAUUUCCUGCUGGACUCGGCACUCGACUUGAAAAUUGCCGACUUUGGUGGAUCGUCGGUGAACGGCUCUUCUGCUUCAAUUUGCCCCGGAAUCCGCUACCGAGUUCCAAGUGUAGAGUGGCGACCGGGCCAGGCACCAACGUUGAGUGAAGAUCUGUUUGCUCUCGGCUCGGUUGUCUUCUUUAUAUUUACAGGAAACUCACCGUUUUAUGAGCUCGAGGAGGAAGAGGUUGAAAAGAAUUACAAAGCCGGAGUUUUCCCCGACACCUCUGGGAUACCUUGCGCCGAUAUUAUCCAUCUAUGCUGGCAGCAGCGCGCCAAGUCGGCUUUGGAGAUGUGCGAGGCGGUAGACCGUCUUAUCGAGAUUGGUCCCAUAGGCGACUCAACCUAG